GUAGUUACAAUCGGAAUUAGCUGAUUGUUAUAAAGCAUUAGGAUAAUGCCUAAAACCUGCGAUAAACACGUCAGAAUGAGCGGUCAGCCAUAUGGACCAUUCCGUUUAGUGCCACUAGAUCGUUAACGCCAUUGUUCUCUUAUAAUAUAAUACAUUUGAGUAACUUUAAUUCCCAUGUUUGAUAUCAGAUAAUAAUCGGGCGACUAUUAACCACAAAUUUAAAUAGGAUUUCAGUUAUCUUUGACAGGAUUUAUUUAAACGCAGUUGUGUCUGAUCGCACAACCUCCGGUUCCUUUGUGGCGGGGACUUGCAGGCGAGCCAUUAUAAGCACACCAAUCAUAUUGCGUCUUACUACAUCGCUUCGUCCAAUCACGGGGGACCUUGUUUUCUGGUCCUGUUGCGACCGCGGGCAGACAGAAGCAAGUAGACCGGUUGUAAGCUAAGCUAAUUCCGUUCAUUUGUAGCUAGUUGUUUUAAAUUCCUGCAAGGGUUUAAUCCUCAGCGCGUGGUUGGAUCUGUUUUCGAAAAUUUGAAACUACCCAUAAGCGUUUUCGCUCUUAGGCUAAAAAGCAGCACGUGACGUUAAUUUAGACAAACCGUCUCUGUACUGUUAGCUGAAUUGGCAGCGGGAAGGCGCCACUUCUGUUUGACAACAGCGCGAUUCGCUCACGUUCCUGGUGCGGUUUUUUUUCUUUUUGAAGCGGUUCACCGGGCAAUCUUAUUACCGUCAGCGGCAAGCUGCAAGGCAGGGAAGCGCAAAGUGAUUUGAAAAUAAGUUAGCAUGGCAGAAUUCCUGGAAGAUCCGUCGGUUCUCACGAAAGAUAAGCUGAAAACCGAGCUCACGGCAAACAAUGUGCCACUUCCCAGCGGAGAGCACAAGAAAGAAGUGUACGUGCAGUUGUAUCUGAAGAACCUGACUAUACUGAACAACAAGAAGAGUCCGCCAGCAGACACCUUCUCCAGCGAUGAGGAGUUACCUACACCCGUGGUGUCCAACAAAAGCCGCUCUGGAAGAAAAGCUACUAAAAAGACUGACAAGCCUCGCACGGAGGAAGUGGAGGUGACAGAUAUCUCGGAUGAAGAUUUAAAACAACAGCUGGCAAAGCAUGGUGUGGACACGGGACCCAUUGUCGGCUCUACUCGUAAGGUGUACGAGAAGAAGCUGCAGAAGCUUUUGGUCGAGCCGGCGGCCGAACCUGAAGCCCCAGCCGAUGUCACGACUCUCCCCAAGGCCGACAGCAACCAGAACGGCAACACGAAUUCCGACCAGUACAGUGAUAAAGAAGACGAAGAGAUUGCUGCCCCCGAACCUGAGCCGGUUCCAGUAGUGGAGAAGCCCGUGAGGAGCAGAGGGAAAACUCCUGUCACCGUCAGAACCAGCAGUAGACGGCAAACCAAGGUGGUGGAGGAGGAGCUUAUUACAGAAGAGACCCCCAAAAAGGUCAGCGAGAGUGUGGUUGAAGAUAUUCUUGCCAAUGAGAUAAGCACACCAACGGGCAUCAGUGCAACAUGCAGACGUCCAAUCAGAGGAGCGGCCGGUCGACCUCUGAAACCAAGUGAGUACUGGCUGGAUGAGUCCCGGGUGCAGCGCACCGUCCACUCCGAGACCCGCUCGUACUCGGAGGUGCUGUCCCGGCCGAGCGGCCCCGCCCCCUCGGGCAGCGCGCCCGUCCGGCGGGGCUUCCUGUCCACUCUGCUCAGGCUGCUGCUCCUGGUGGCGGCGUGCGGGGCUCUCUUCUACGCCUAUCAGAACCUGGAUUCUGAUCAGGUCAGCGCCCUCAGAGGCCUCCUGGACAGCGUGCUGGUCCCGCUCCAAAGCGCCGGCGAGACGGCGGCCUCCUACCUGGGCAUGGGCAGCGGCGCUGUCACAAAGAGCGCCGGCAAUUAGAGACCCUCAGCAGUCCGUCGCCACGCCUCCCUGCCACCCAACGCCACCACUUCAAACAGCGAACUCGGAUCAUGUCCUCUUUUCUCCUCCACAUUUGGACUAAGAACACAGGUUGAAUUGAAAAUGCAGAACUUUCUAUUUGCCGGACUCCAGCUUUCCUCCUGCCGCAGAGGGGGGGGUGCUCAGUAGCUUCUGGAUAACACUGUUUCGUGGCAGUCAAAGAGAGACUAAUUUGAUGUUGAUUUUAAUCUGUGAACUGUUUGUGUCUUUGUGUGUUAUUAACCCUUAAAUGUAGAAACGAGAGCAGCAAAAAGAGGCCAGUUUAUCCAUGCAUGGUUGUAGUUUUUGACAGUCAUACUGUAGUUUUUCUUCAAAUGCUCUGUGCCAGGUGUUUUUCUGAUGGUGAAGUGCCUGGACACUUGUUAGCACUUAGCGCCUCCCUUUUUUCAUUAUUUUUUUUUCUUAAAUGCACAAAGCAGCGCUUCUACUAAUGCCAGAAUGUCUCUAUUUUUCUGUGUCGACUUCAAACGUUUGCUUUGUAGUUUUAGAGGUAUUUAGAGUGAUUCAUUUGUUUUAAGGUGCUCAGGUCGAUUCAGUUCCAACUGUUUAAUGUGGUCUUUGGUGGGAGGAGACUCGUGGUAGAAUCAGGACACAUCACUGCAUGAGGAAAUUCAGCCCUAUCAAUUUAUUCAACAUCUUUUUCCUUUUUUUUCCAUCUCAAGUUCUGCGAUUAUGAAAAAUAAAAAUUCUGAAGCUUUUGCAAAAAUGAAGUAUUUGUAUCAAAAUUGAAAAACUGCCAUAUAUGUGAGGAAUGAUCCUCAAAGUAAAGUAACACCAGCAUUUGAUUAUCUUCUUUUUUUCCCAUCUUUACCAGUAUGCCCAUUUAAGCUUACAUGUCUUGAGUUUUAGUGCUCUGUUGUGCUUUUGCUUUUGUUUGAAUUAUGUUGAAAGAUUUCUGAUCCUUCGGUCCUCUGUGUAGGACUGGCUGUUGUAGUGCACCCACAUAGCCCAACUAUGACUGCAUGCGUCCAGACAUGGAAGAUCUGCAGAGGGGAGAAAAAAAGUAAUACAAUGUGUUCUUGUCGGUACUAUACAACUCUUUGGACAAAUUUGCCACAAGUAAAGACACUGUGGGAUACUUUGAAUUGGUUAGGAGGGAGCAGUGAUGGGGGUCGAAAUAUUUCUGACAGGGUUUAGUUUCUAUUUUGAUAUUUUUCUAAAGCAGUGUGUUCAACCUUUUUAUAGCAGAUUUUAAAGCAAUAUGUAAUACAUGCAAGUAAUACUGUAUCUUAAUCUGAACUUUGCUAACUUAACUCCAGUGAUUUAUCGUCGGGCAGCUCUCCCACAAAGGACAGAAAUGACAGGGGUUAUGUGGGGAAGGAUUUUGAAUCUCUUUUAUUUAUGAUAACGUAGGCUGUGUAUCAUGAAAUAAACUUGGUUGUU